AUGGUAGGGAUGAGGGUGGGGGGGGGGGGGGGGGGGGGGGGGUUGGGGGUUUGGAUGAUGGGGAUGGAUGGGGAGGGUAUAUUUUGGGUUGUGGUGGUGGUGUUAUUGAUAGUAGGUUUUUUUUUGGAUUUUAUGGGUUUUGGUUUUGUGGUGGGGUGGGGGGGGUUUUGUUUUUUGUUUGGUGGUUGUUUUGGGGGGGGGGUUUUUUUGGAUAGUGUUUGGGGUGGUUUUGUUGGGGGGUGUGUGGUGGUGGGUUUGGGGGGGGUGGGGUGGUGGGGGUUGUGGUUGGGGGUGGUUGGGUGUUGGUAG